AAUCACACAUUCUUUGUCAACUCAUGUUGCGUGUUGAAUGAUCAGGUGAAAUAAAAUAAACGAAUGAGAAAAGCAAAGACAGAAAGAAAGUAUGCUGGCUGGCUGGCGUGUUGAAUGGAGCCAGUAAUAAAGGACAAAAGCAGACAAGGCUUUGGUUGGAACGUUGAGAAGAGGAAAAAUGGAAUCGGGUUCAGGAGGAGGAGGAAAGAGGAGAGUGGUAGUAAUAGGAGGGGGUAUCGCAGGUUCCCUCAUUGCCAAAAACCUUCAAUUCGAUGCUCAUCUCACCCUCGUUGACCCGAAGGAGUACUUCGAGAUUACAUGGGCAAACUUGAGAGCAUUGGUGGAGCCAUCAUUUGCUGAGAGAUCAGUCAUAAAUCAUAGAGAUUACUUCACCAAUGGCCGCAUUAUUGCUUCUUCUGCAGUGGACGUCACUGACGCAGAUGUACUGACUGCAGAUGGUCAAGUAAUUCCCUAUGACUAUCUUGUCAUUGCAACUGGCCAUGCCGAUUCUGUCCCCAAAACUAGGACAGAGAGACUUACUGAAUACCAAGCAGGAAAUGAAAAGAUUAAGUCGGCUCAUUCCAUUUUGAUUGUUGGAGGAGGUCCCACUGGUGUUGAACUUGCAGGAGAAAUUGCAGCUGAUUUCCCAGAAAAGAAGGUUACUCUGGUGCAUGAUGGAUCAAGGUUAAUGGAAUUUAUCGGACCAAAAGCUGCUAACAAGACACUAAAAUGGUUGAGGUCAAAGAAUGUUGAAGUUAAACUGGAGCAAAGGGUUGAUUUAAAUUCUAUUACAGGGUCAGAUGGUAAUUGUACCAAAACAUAUCAUACUUCAGCUGGAGAAACUAUCAAAGCAGAUUGCCAUUUCCUUUGCACUGGGAUACCACUGGGUUCAGCUUGGCUUAAGGACACUGUUCUGAAGAACAACUUGGAUGCUAAUGGGAGGUUGGAGGUAGAUGAGUACUUAAGAGUCAGGGGUUGGAAGAAUAUAUUUGCAAUUGGAGAUAUUACAAAUAUUCCAGAAAUCAAACAAGGAUAUUUGGCAGAGAGCCAUGCGGAUGUGGCUGCUGGGAACUUGAAGUUACUGAUGGCUGGAGGAAAGGAAAGCAAAAUGGCAACGUACAAGCCUGGCUCAGUAACAGCACUUGUUUCACUAGGGAGAAGAGAUGGUGUUGCCCAAUUUCCAUUCGUAACUAUAAGUGGCAUUGUACCUGGCAUGAUAAAGUCUAGAGAUUUGUUUGUGGGGAAAACGAGGAAGCGAAGGGGCCUAUAAUCUAUCUCAUUUGUUGUGUGGAGUUCAAUGAGUUACCAAGAAUGUACUACGAUCCCAUUUGUUGUAUGGAGCUCAGUGCUGAGUUACCAAGAAUGUAGGAAUUGCUUCACAUUUGUAGGCUGUUGUGCCAUUACUAUUUAAGUGAUUUUUCACAAUGUCUAACGUAUAGUUAUGUAAAAUACAAUCAAAGUUGUAUCUAAAUCUUCUUGUCUUUUAA